AUGUAUCUCCCUCAACCCACUUAUACUUUCACCAUCCCAUCAGUCUACGAUGGUAUUCAACUUGAUUGCCGCCUCCACGUGCCCCGCCAACUGAGUGCGCCCGAAAAUCCACACCGGGGCCCAAUAUCCGGAGCUAUAGUUGCCCAUCCAUAUGCCACCCUGGGUGGAUGCUACGAUGACCCCGUCGUGAAUUUUGUUGGGAGUGAACUCCUCGAUGCCGGCUACGUGCUGGGGACUUUUAAUUUUCGAGGAGCCGGAGAAUCGGAGGGGAGUACUAGCUGGACAGCACGGCCUGAGCUGGCAGAUUAUGUCUCUUUCUACGGGUUCAUGCUCUGCUAUUUGCAGCUUCUAAGAACGCGACUCAUUUCAUCAAACCCGGAGCCAGAAGACACGGUAGAUACGACCCAGACCGGGUCUGGAGAGGGACCUGCGAAGAUCCAUCUUGUAUUAGGCGGGUAUUCGUAUGGAUCAAUGAUCGCAUCGCAUCUCCCGGCAAUUGGUGUCAUUGCCGAUCUUUUUGAGAAUAGUACCCCUGAAACUGCUUCCUAUCAGAUCCGCCGAGAAGCAGAGAAAGUUUUUGCGCUGUCAUCAGAUAUCCAAAAAUCUCCAGACCGACUAUCGGCAUCUCCGGAGGCGUCAAAUUCCAAGGGAGCUCUCCGUAUCUCGCGCGCAAGGAUCUCCUAUCUUCUGAUUUCACCUCUUCUGCCUCCGAUCAAUAUGUUCUUGACAGUAUUUUCCAAAUUGUCGUUGAUUGUCGGAGCACAGACUUCCGCCGAGGGGAGGCAUAUCCCUUGUCCCAAGCCAACUGACCAGCUCCGUGCAAACCCAACCCUGGCCAUUUAUGGUAGUCAUGAUACCUUUACUUCCACCAAUAAGCUGCGUCAGUGGUCGGAGGAGCUGGCGCGCGUCCCCGGUAGUCAGUUCCAGUCGGCCGAAAUCGACGGGGCUGGACACUUCUGGAGGGAGCACGGUGCGGAGUCUGAGGCCAGAGCUACUCUCCGGGAGUGGUUGCGUCAGAUACAUUGA